AUGUCCCUACGGAAGCUAGCUGUUAUUUUAGUGAUAUUGUGUAUCAGAGAUUCCUUAUGUUGCGAUGAGGAGUACAGAUUAGUUCGUCACCUCAUGCAAAAGUAUGAUGCAUCAGUUCGGCCCGUGGAGAACUCUUCGCAUCCUCUCCUUGUGACAUUUGGAGUUUCACUUCAUCAUAUCAUCGAUGUGGAGGAGAAAGAUCAGCUGUUAACAACAAACUGCUGGAUUACGCAAAUAUGGACGGAUUUUCAUUUGCGAUGGAACACUAGUGACUUCGACGGUAUCAGCGUCAUUCGAAUACCAUACGAGAGGGUCUGGAGACCAGACAUUAUUUUGUAUAACAAUGCGGAUCCAAACUAUCGUUCAGCGGUUAUUAAUACGAACGUAAUAGUUAAGUACACUGGCGAAGUGACCUGGCUGAGUCAUGGGAUUUAUGUGUCUGUAUGCGAUAUCAAUGUGGAGCAGUUCCCUUUUGAUGUGCAACUCUGUACCAUGAAAUGGGCGUCUUGGACCUACGACGGAUUUCAGUUGGAUUUAAAAAAGCAAUUCGACGAAGGUGAUACUACCAACUAUCAAACCAACGGUGAAUUUGAUUUGGUCAGCUUCGAGGCUAUCAGACAUGAUCAGUACUACUCUUGCUGCGUUGAACCCUACCCUGAUAUAACGUAUGUAAUUAAGUUACGUAGGAGACCGAUGUUCUACGUGUUCAACCUUAUUCUCCCAUGUUUACUCAUCAACGGAAUUGCACUCCUUGUUUUCUACGUGCCGUCGGAAUCCGGAGAAAAAGUGACAUUGGGGAUAAGCGCAUUAUUAUCCAUGACCGUCUUCCUGAUGACAAUUAGAGAUACAUUACCGCCAACUGAAAAGACUCCGCUUAUAAGUUUGUACUACGGAGUCAGCACGUGCCUAGUUUCAUUUUCAGCUUCACUAUCCGUGGUCACCCUCAACAUAUCUUACAGAGGAGUGAGAGGGCAGCCUGUACCGGCGGUGGUGCGUGACGUCGUGCUACAUCGACUCGCGCGCCUUCUGUUCAUCAACUUCGACAUUGACGCAAAGGGUGAAAGCAGGGCACAGAGCAGUGUGCCAGUGAACCCUCGCACAGGUUCGCGGUUGAAGGCAGAAGUUCGUUGCGAUGGAGUACCACUGACUCCAGCCUCACCCAGAUUUGUGCGCCACAAUCAAAAUCAUCUAGCUGGGGCAGCUGCCACAGUUGGGGGGGCUAGCACAACAAGCAGUGAGCCAGUCUGUGUCGCCUCCUGCGCCCGGUGCGUUUGCUGCGGUUGCACGCUGCGAGAGGCCGCAGCAAGACAUGAACAACGAGUCGCCGCCAAUGAAAGACUCGAGCGAGCCAAUUUAGAAUGGAAACAGGUGGCAGUGGUAGCAGACCGAGCCCUGCUGGCAGUAUUUGUUCUAGUCACAACCAUAGCUACGGCGGCCAUCUUACUCCCACAGUUGAACAACCUACACGUCGGCAACACACCUCUCAAACCACCCAUUUAG